AUGCCAACAGAGGUAGUUGUAGUGGACGCUCCAAGAAAACCUGAGGCAGUCGCUGACUUUGUUGCGGUUGUUCCAAAUAAUGGUGUCACUGUGUACGUAAUACUGGAGGUAGUUCCGAGUGAGGAAGCGGUAGUAGGCGCUGAGGUUAUCCCACUACUACCGGUCGGUACCAGUGUUGGAGCGGAUGCAGUAAUCGUCGCAGAACCAAACAGUGGCACAGCUGCAGUGGUGGAUCCACCAGUAGUGCUAAGCAAUGACGGUGUAGAACUUGAAGCAGUUGUAGUAAUGGAACCAAAAAGGGACGGAGUUGUCGUGGACGUCACUGCAGAUAACGUGCCGAAUGGAGAAGGUACAGGGGCACCAAUAGAAGGGGCACUUGCUCCAAAGAGCGAUGGUGUAGUAGUUGACGGCGUAGCCGCUGGAACUCCAAAAAGUGUCGACGUAGGAGUGGUACUGGUUGUCACGGCUACACCAAAAAGUGAGGGAGUAGUACCAGUGACAGUUGUAACCGAUGUGCUAAAGAGAGGUUUCAUACUACUGGUUGUUGCAGCCAAUCCAAAAGAAGGUGCAGCUGUUGUUGUCAUUGUUGAGUCAGAAACACAUGAGGAUACUGUAGAAGACGCAGUUGAAGCAAUACUAAAUAGGGGUGGAGUUGCUUGUGCUUGA